AAGAGGCAUGCGUGCAUGGAUGCAUAUAUAUACCGUAGCCUGCAGUUCCAAGUCUUCAAAGUGAGAGCCAACAAGACGAUGGAGUUUCUUCUCCUUUUAUCUAUGAUCACCAUUAUUCUUUUUCUCCUCCUCCGAAAAGGGAAGAAAAAUGGAGGAAUUCAUGUUCCACCAGGUCCUCCACAGCUACCCUUAAUUGGAAAUAUACACCAGCUUAACAAAUCGAUUCUCUUUCGCCAUCUAUGGGAACUCUCCAAGACAUAUGGCCCCCUCAUGUCUCUGCAACUCGGCUCUCUACCUAUUCUUGUCGUUUCCUCAGCAAAAAUGGCCAGAGAGGUCUUGAAAACACAUGAUGCUGCGUUUGCCGGCAGGCCCCCCAUGGUUUGCUUCCGGAAGCUAUCUUACAAUGGCUUAGAUAUAGGCCUUUCGCCUUACAGUGACAACUGGAGAGAAAUGAGAAAGAUUUGCAUCCUUCACAUCUUCAGUUCCAAAAGGGUUCAAUCCUUUCGUUCCAUUCGAGAAGAUGAGGUUUCAAAAAUGAUGAGAAAGAUUCAUAAGUUUACGUCCGAAUCAAAACCCAUAAAUUUGAGUGAGAUGUUGAUUUCUUUCACAAACUCGGUUAUUUGCAAAAUUGCUCUUGGAAAGAGCUAUGAUGACGGGGUUUGUGGGAGAAGUAGGUUUCAUGAAGUUCUCGAUGAAGUCCAAGAUUUGACAGGAGGCUUCUUCUUCGCGGACUAUUUUCCUUGUAUGAGUUGGGUUGAUAAACUCACUGGACGAUCAUUUCGAUUGGAGAGAACUUUCCGGGCAUUGGAUGUAUUCUUCCAAGAAGUAAUUGAUGAGCACCUCGACGAGAAGAGUCGCAAGACUGGAACAAAGGAUAUUAUUGAUGUCUGUCUUCGGCUAAACAAUGAUGGGUUGUCUGCAAUCGACCUCUCAAUGGAUCACAUCAAAGCAGUGCUUAUGGAUAUCUUUACCGCUGGUACGCACACAAAUGCAAUCACCCUAAUCUGGGCAAUGACACAGCUAGUAAAACGUCCAGAGGCCAUGAAGAGAAUUCAAGAGGAAGUAAGAAACAUUGCCGGAGAUAAAGGAGUUAUACAUGAAACUGAUCUGCAAAAUCUUCCUUAUCUAAAAGCAGCGGUGAAAGAAACAUUGAGAUUGCACCCUCCAGUUCCAUUGUUACUUCCACAUGAAACAAUUGAACCAUGCACUAUUGCUGGCUACAAAGUUCAUCCGAAAACUGUAGUUUACGUGAAUGCUUGGGCCAUUGGUAGAGAUCCCAAAUCUUGGGAGGACCCUGAAAAGUUUUUUCCCGAGAGGUUUUUGAACAAUUCUAUUGAUUUUAAAGGGCAAGAUUUUGAACUAAUUCCAUUUGGCGCUGGUCGAAGAAGUUGCCCAGGUAUUCAUCUGGGAGUUGUGACUGUGGAGCUUGCACUUGCUAAUCUUAUAUGCGGCUUCAACUGGGAGCUCCCAGCUGCUACUGGGAUAAAGAAUAACGAAGAUAUCGAUACAGAUGUAAAACCUGGAAUAUCUAUGCAGAAGAAAAUUCCGUUGCGUCUCUUAGCUAGGAAGUACGUACCAUGGUCGUAUGCUUGAUGAGUAGAAAUGCUUUAAAUUAAUUUAUAGCUAUAUAAAUAAGUACACGUAGCUUCAUGAUCUCAUAUACCAGCUCUUUCAAGGAAAUUAAGGGUUCAAAAAGAUGAAGGGUAGUCCUUCAUCUUAUUAUUACUUAUUAGUCUGAUCUUGAAAUUAUAGACAAUGUGAUUUUCCUAAUCGAUCUAUAUCUAUUGACCAUGCUCCCUUUAAAAUUGCUAGCUGCAUAUCGUGC